CUAGGAGGCGGGACUAACGGGGCAGACUGUCCCGUCUCCUGCGGUUGUCAGACAAAGUCCAGUCGACCAGCUCGCUGAUCCCGGCAACACGACCCGUUAAAGUCUCCUUCACAAAACCGGAAGUAUCCGAGGAUGUCUCGGGAGCAGCAGGCGGUUGCCCGUGCCAGGAAGGCCUUCCAAACAGGCCGGUCCAAAUGUUUGGAGCACCGCAUCCGGCAGCUGAAGAACCUGCAACGUUUGUUCACAGAGAGACAUAAUGACAUCUCAGAGGGCAUUAAGAAAGACCUCAACAAGAGCGAGGUAGUGGUCCAGCUCUAUGAGAUCCUCGGGCUGGAGGAGGAGAUCAGCCUGGCCAUCAGGAAGCUGAAGGAGUGGGCGGCGCCUCGGCCCGUGGCGAAGAACCUGCUGACGCUGUCGGACAUGGUCUACAUUAAACCAGAACCUCUGGGCGUGGUCCUCAUCAUUGGGGCCUGGAACUACCCCUGGGCUGUCACCUUGCAGCCCCUCAUUGGCGCCAUCGCUGCCGGUAAUGCUGCAGUAAUCAAGCCCUCGGAGGUCAGCGCGCACACGGCCAAGGUCAUGGAGGAGCUGCUGCCGCUCUACAUUGACAAAGAGCUCUACCCGGUGGUGACCGGCGGCGUGCCAGAGACCCAGGAGCUGCUGCGGCAGAGGUUCGACCAUAUCUUCUACACGGGCAACAGCGCAGUGGGAAAGUUCAUCAUGGCGGCCGCUGCCAAGCACCUGACGCCCGUCACGCUGGAGCUGGGAGGCAAGAGCCCGUGCUACAUCGACAAGACGUGUGACAUCAGCAUUGCCUGCAGACGCGUGGCUUGGGGCAAAUACACUAACUGUGGUCAGACGUGCAUCGCCCCAGACUACAUCCUAUGUGAACCCGCUAUUCAGGACACCGUCAUCGACGAGCUCAAGAGGGCCAUCAAGGAGUUCUACACGGACAACCCGAAGACAUGCUCGGAUUAUGGACGCAUCAUCAACCAGCAUCACUUCAGGAGGAUCAUGGCGUUCAUGCAGGAUAGCACGGUCGCUGUGGGCGGAGACAACGACGAGGACGACUGCUACAUAGCUCCGACCGUGCUGCGGGAUGUGAAGCCUGAAUCCAAGGUGAUGCAGGAGGAGAUCUUUGGACCCGUCCUCCCCAUCCUGCCCGUCAGUGGGCUGGAGGACGCCAUCCAGUUCAUCAACAACAGAGAGAAACCGCUUGCUCUCUACAUCUUCUCCCCCAACCAAAAGGCCAUCCAGAAAAUGAAUGACGAAACUUCCAGUGGGGGUCUCCUGGCCAAUGACUGUCUGGUGCACUUCUCUGUCAGCUCACUGCCUUUUGGGGGCGUUGGUAACAGCGGAAUGGGCUGCUAUCACGGCAAGUUCACCUUUGACCAGCUGAGUCACCUCCGAGGAUGCCUGAUCAAGAAGCUCAACAUGGAGGGCAUGAACGACAUGCGCUACCCUCCUCACACACCCAAGAAGUUGGGCUGGGCGCGCUUCUUCAUUCUCAAGAACCUCAACCUGGGCUGGAUCGGCCGCAUGCUGAUGCUCGCCGUCAUUGCUGUGGUGGCGGCUGUGGUCAUACAGAAGUAUCUGCGUUAAGACGACCCGCUGCUCCCAGACGGCCCAGCCCUCAGCACUCUCACCCGACUAAACCAGCUGAUUCGUAUAUUUGCACAAAUAUUUAGCUGCUGUCCUUAUUUUAUAUUUCAGUACGACAACGUAGCUCAUCUUAGACUUGAUUUUGACUUUUAACUGACUUUCUAACAUAAAAAUGUCUAAUGUGAGUGAGGAAGACAUUUCUAAGUGAAGGAACAGAGAUGUUUUUUUUUUUUUUAUCAUGAAGUAAGCUUGGUUCCGAGUCUGUUUCAUUUCAUCAAUCAUCUGGCCUGAAGGCACCGGAUGGUUCUGACCCAGCACAAGUUUGUCUUUUAUGUUAGUAACUGUAGUUACUCGAACUUUUUACCACACUGGAAAAGAUGGGUAUUGUAUUUUGAUAAAAAAAAAAUAAUGCUUAGGGACAAUAUUCAAAUAAAUUCUGACAUGCAUCAA